GAAACAAGAUGGUGCAGGACUUGGUCUCUCAAUUUGUAAAAGUCUAGUAGAAAUUAAUGGAGGAGAAAUUAAAGCAGAAAGCCAGUUAGGAGAAGGAAGUAAAUUUUGGUUUACAUGGAACGUGGAAAUAUUAUCAUCUAUAACACCAACUAUUUCAUCGUCGAUAACACCGACUAUUUCAAAAUUUCCAACUCCUUCAUUAUUAGAGGCACAAUUUGAUAGUCAAAUAAACUGUAUAUUACCUAAUUUUAUAAGUAAAAAACGAUUACUAAUAAUUCACCCAAUCAAAAAUAUGAGAAACGCAAUGUUAACAUAUUUUAAAAUUGUCGAAAAAGUUGAUGCAUUCGAUACUUUUAACGAAGGUAUUAAAGCUGCCCAAGCAUAUAAAGAACUGUAUAAUCAACCUGCUUAUGACAUAGCAUUCAUUGGUCUUUAUGAAGAUAAUGAAGAAGAGGUCAUGAAAGCAGCAUUAAAGUUAAGAACAUUAGAUAUGGAUAGUAAUAGAUUAGUUAUAAUUUUUAUAGUAUUUCCGAGUAAUGAAGUGAAUGGAUUAGCAAAAAAAUUUAUUAGAAAGCUUGGAGGAAUUACUUCUAUUAUUUACACUCCAAUUACACGGAAAAAGUUGUUUAAUCAAAUUAUUCAUCUGGAAAAACAAUAA